AUGGACAACAUCUUAAAUAUUCUACAGACCAUUCAUAUUGGUGAAGUCGUUGCAACUUUCCUUUUCAACACUGGACGUCUUAUAAAAGCAGUAUACAUCUUUAACGAAUGUUUGGCGCUCCUUAACAGCAAAUCCCUAGACACGAUCAAAGAACUUACCACACCACGAGUUAUCUACGUAUACCGUAAACUUCUUCAUGGCUAUACUCUUAUGUACGAUCACAACCGUGCGAUAGAAUGUGGUAAAAAACUUUACGUGACGCUACACAAUAGUGGCCACAAAGAACAAGAAGGGAUAAUAUUACUUGUGCUAGCGAGCAUCUACUGUAAAAGAAGCAAGUACGAGGAAGCAAAACAGUUUAUAGAGAAGGCACUCAGCAUCAUGAUUGAGACUGGGAACAAUCAGGGAGUUGGAAUAUGUUACGGAAAUCUAGGAACUGUUUUUCUAUCUGUUGAUCAAUAUACCAAGGCUGAAGAAUACCUUCAGAAAGCACUCGUGAUCAACAAAGAAAUCGGUGACAGAGAAGGAGAAGCAUCUGCUUACGGAAAGCUAGGAGCUAUGUUCAAAUGUGUUGGUCAGUAUACCAAGGCUGAAGAAUACCUUCAGAAAGCACUAGCGAUCAACAAAGAAAUCGGUGACAGAGAAGGAGAAGCAGCAGAUUACGGAAAUCUGGGAACUGUGUUCCAAUCUGUUGGUCAAUAUACUAAGGCUGAAGAAUACCUUCAAAAAGCACUAGUGAUCAACAAAGAAAUCGGUGACAAAGAAGGAGAAGCAGCAGAUUACGGACAUCUAGGAUCUAUGUUCCGAUCUGUUGGUCAAUAUACCAAGGCAGAAGAAUACCUUCAAAAAGCUCUAGUGAUCUGCAAAGAAAUCGGUGACAAAGCAGGAGAAGCAUCAAAUUACGGAAAUCUAGGAAAUGUGUUGCAAUCUGUUGGUCAAUAUACUAAGGCUGAAGAAUACCUUCAAAAAGCACUAGUGAUCAAGAGAGAAAUCGGUGACAAACAAGGAGAAGCAUCUGCUUACGGAUGUCUAGGAACUGUGUUUCAAUAUGUUGGUCAAUAUACCAAGGCUGAAAAAUACCUUCAAAAAGCUCUAGUGAUCAGGAAAGAAAUCGGUGACAAACAAGGAGAAGCAGCAGAUUACGGAAAUCUGGGAACUCUGUUCCAAUCUGUAGGUCAAUAUACCAAGGCAGAGGAAUACCUUCAAAAAGCGCUAGUGAUCAGGAAAGAAAUCGGUGACAAACACGGAGAGGCAUCAGAUUACGGAAAUCUAGGAACUGUGUUGCAAUCUGUUGCUCAAUAUACCAAGGCUCAAAAAUACGUUCAAAAAGCGCUAGUGAUCAGGAAAGAAAUCGGUGACAAAAAAGGAGAAGCAGCAGAUUACGGAAAUUUAGGAACUGUGGCUAAAUUUUUUUGUCAAUAUACAAAAGCUGAAGAAUACCUUCAGAAAGCACUCGUGAUCAGGAAAGAAAUCGGUGACAAACAAGGAGAAGCAGCAGAUUGCAGAAAUCUAGGAAAUGUGUUUCAAUCUGUUGGUCAAUAUACCAAGGCUGAAGAAUACCUUCAAAAAGCACUAGUGAUCAACAAAGAAAUCGGUGACAAACAAGGAGAAGCAUCUGCUUACGGAAAUUUGGGAAUUGUGUUUGAAUCUGUUGGUCAAUAUACCAAAGCUGAAGAAUUCCUUCAGAAAGCACUAGUGAUCAGGAAAGAAAUAGGCGACAAACACGGAGAGGCAUCAGAUUACGGAAAUCUAGGAACUGUGUUUAAAUCUGUUGGUCAAUAUACCAAAGCUGAAGAAUACCUCCAGAAAGCACUAGUGAUCAGGAAAGAAAUCGGUGACAAAGAAGGAGAAGCAUCAGCUUACGGAUUUCUGGGAACUGUCUUCCGAUCUGUUAGUCAAUUUGACAAGGCGAAAGAAUAUCUUCAUAAAGCACUAGUGAUCAGGAAAGAAAUCGAUGACAAAAAAGGAGCAGCAUCAGAUUACGAAAAUCUAGGAGUUGUGUUCCAAUCUGUUGGUCAAUAUACCAGGGCAGAGGAAUACCUUCAAAAAGCUCUAGUGAUCAGCAAAGAAAUCGGUGACAAAGAAGGAGAAGCAGCAGUUUACGGAAAUCUAGGAACUAUGUUCCAAUCUGUUGGUCAAUAUACCAAGGCUGAAGAAUACCUUCAAAAAGCACUGACGAUCUAUGAAGAAAUCGGAGACAAAGGUGGUGUUGGAGUUUCAUACUUAAAUCUGGGAAACCUUUGUCGAGAACUUCAGCUUUUUGCAAAGAGUCAAGAAUUUGCUAAUAAAGCACUUGAGAUAAGUUACGAAAUAGGAGACAUUGACUUGCAGUUUAACAGCCACCUCACCGUUGCCCUGAACGCAUUAGUGGCAGGAGGAAGCAUAAAUGAACUUGUGGUGCGAAAUCUCUAUGAAAGCAUUCAAAAGUGCGAAGAAAUGUUUGAUUUUUUCAGAGUGAAAGAUCAAUUCAAAAUUUCUUUUUUUAAUCAGCAUGUGUUCCCUUACCUUCUUCUUUGUAGGUUGUUGACUGCUAGAGGCAGUUAUUGUGAAGCUCUUUACGUUGCCGAGCUUGGACGGUCCAGAGCACUUGCAGACAUACUGUCAGAUAAGUACUCUGUGGAAAAAGAGCUAUCAGUGAACCCACAGUCAGGGGUUGGUGUUGAGAAUAUCAUGAGCAAAAAUUCCCUUAGUUCCUGUUUAUACUUAUCCUGUUUUUAUGAUGAUAUGCAUUUUUGGAUCCUUAAGCCAAACAAAACCAUAGUUUUCCGAGAAACGAAACUGAAAGAAAGUGCAGCUAAAGCAUUUGAAAGGCAAAGAUUUGGUGGCCCUCAGGAUUUACGUCAAGACCAAUGCGAAGAUCGAUCAUUGUUUUCUUCAUAUUCAAGCUCCUCGCCAUCAAGCAAACCAUCCCAGAAUGACAGCUUUGAAACAUUACGCCUCAUAGAAGAAGAGGAACACGAAAAGCACGACUCUGAGGCGCUUACCCUUGCUGAUUGCUACAACAUCAUCGUCGCUCCUGUGGCUGACUUACUACAAGAAUCAGAAAUCAUUAUCGUACCGGAUCCACUGUUGUACCCAAUUCCCUUUGUAGCUUUAAAGGAUGAUAAUGGACAAUAUUUAUCGGAUACUUUCAGGAUUCGUAUUGUACCGUCCUUGACGACUCUAAGGUUGAUUCAGCACAGUCCAUCAGACUACCAUAGUAAAACCGGUGCAAUAGUCAUAGGAGAGCCAGAGGUCAGUUAUGUACACUACCGGGGAAAACGUCUGAAAUUAUGUCCCUUGCCUGGGGCAAGAAUGGAAGCAGAGAUGAUUGGGCGACUGCUCGGCGUUGAGCCAUUAUUGGGAAAAGAUGCUACUAAGCAAGCAGUCUUGGAAAGAAUGCAUUCCGUAAGUCUCAUUCACUUUGCUGCUCAUGGUUAUGAGGAACGUGGAGAAAUUGCUCUUUCCCCUAUGAGCUCGUGCGGAACCCCGCACGAAGAGGACUAUUUACUGACGAUGGCUGAAAUUUCACAAGUUCAACUGACUGCCAAGCUGGUUGUCCUUAGUUGUUGUCAUAGUGCUCGUGGCCAAGUGAGAGCUGAGGGAGUCGUUGGAAUUGCUCGAGCAUUUCUAGCAUCGGGUGCACGCUCCGUGCUGGCAACACUGUGGGCUGUAGAGGACAAAGCUACCAUGCAGUUUAUGAAUCAUUUUUACGAGCACCUUGUUCGUGGUGAAAGUGCAAGUGAAUCUCUUCACCAGGCCAUGAAAUGGAUGAGAGAGAAUCGCUUCUCUGACGUUGAGCAGUGGGCGCCGUUUAUGCUGAUUGGAGAUGAUGUGACAUUCAAAGGUUCGUAAUUGACGACAUUUUUGGAUAUUGUUAAGUGUUAAGUAUUUUCAAUCAAAAGAUGUACAAUUUAUGUUUGUGACAACGCAUUCUGAUGCAAAAUUCUGUAACGGGAGACAUUGUUUUGUUAGUCCCAUUAUCUGCAGUGUUAUUCUUCUCUUUACAGAGAAGAGAGGAGAACGAAUCUCCAAUUCAUUUUAUUUUGUGAGUUUGUGCUGAAUAUUUCGUAAAGCAUGCCCUGAAUUCUCCAUGAAAAAAACUAACUGAUUGAAGAAAUAAAAAUGUAGAGAACGUUGGCUGAGAUUCCAAAGAACACAUGAUAGCAAUUUACAUCACUAAGAAGAAACGUUAGAGUAAAAAUACUUUUCUUGAGGUGAUUAUUUGAUAAAGAAAAACAUUGCAUUCACUUUAAAUUAGAUUCAUCCGCGGGGACCCAGAUCAAGCAAGCUCAGAGCGACGUGAUAAUUACCUGCGAACUCAGUAGAAUGUAGAGGCAGAAUGGAAGAUCUGUGAGCAGUUAUUCUGGCCCAAGCAGUUCCAGAAGCAUUUGAUUUCGCAGCCUUUCUUCUCUAGCAAAUGUGCAAAGAGCAACUCCCUUCUGUUCGCUUUCUCUUAUACCGACCAUUUUGUCAAUAGCCCUGAGAUCUCAGCGUUAGCUUGAGAUCUUUACGCCAGAGCUGAAUGUUGUAGCGGUAGCUAUAGCAAUGGACUAUUAGCGAUAGCCAGCGAUAGCGACUGUUAUUGUUUAGCGAUACCCCUAACUUUUUGGUGGUAGCCCCGAGAUUUUGAUUAGCGAUAACAAUUCAUGAAUUUGACGCACGUUUCUCGAUAGUCCAGUGAGAUAUUAGCGAUAGCAGUUCGAUAUUUUAGCGUGAACAAUUAAAAUUUGCCUAUUAUUAUAUGUCAUUCGAUUACACGAUUUACACGAAAGCGACCCUGCAUGAUUGCGUUUUCCUUUUCCUUUUUUUUGCAGGUGUUUUUGGUAAGAUCAGUCUGAAAGAUGGCGAAGGUGCUGACUGA